GUUUACUCCAAGGCAAAAGAUAGAUCAUCAGCUGAGAGCCUGUAACUCCGCCAUAUUGACUCAGUUACUGGAGGAGAAGGUUCACUCAAACUAAAUUCCAAUAUGCAGGGCCUCACACUCGCUAGUUUGAAGAAGCAUCCCGCUUUGAUCCCCCUGUACGUGUGUCUGGGAGCUGGAGUGGCUGGUGCAACCUUCUACACCCUACGAUUGGCCUUCAGGAACCCCGAUGUGAGCUGGAACCGCAAUGGCAACCCAGAACCCCAGCAGGAAUGGGCUAACAAGCAGUACAAGUUCUGGUCCCCAAUCCGAGACUACUCAACCUACAGGGCACCCGUCCCCAAGUAUUCUGAAUAAUUCGACACCAUGAAACCACCACCGAAUCAAGAUCACCUCCUUCAUUUACCAACAGUCUUCAUUGUGGGAUGAUACACUGUUGGUAAGGGGGGGAGAGGUCAAGACACUUAUGGUUUGGGUAAUGAGUUAAGGGGGAAAGAAAUUGAUGCAAUGCGAGAUUUCACUGGACUAAUCUGCUGAUCCAGGUCAAAAUUUUACUGUACAGAUUUGAGUAUCAUUAUCAAUUAUUUGAGAAUUAAGUUUUAUUUUAUUUUCUCUCUACUUGUUACCUUAGCCAUAGGUGUUCCUUUGGUAGUUUCAGUUUGAAAUAUUGCUAUUGCAAUGCUGCUGUGACAGAGGACAAUAAUAAACCUUCUGUAUUACUGCACUGUGACCAGACAAUAAUUAGUUGCUUAUUUUUUUGUCAAUCGAAUGUAACUCAACACUCGAAAGUGGAAAGAGUCGGGGAUAAUAUCUUUUAAAUGUUAGUGUUCUUUUAAGUAAUUUGUACAGUUAAUUAUGUAUAAAGACCACCUUCAGAUGUACCAUAUAUAAUAAAUUGGUUUACUAUA